CAGUGGUGCAAUCGGGAGCGCUGUGAUGAGACAGCCCACGACAUGCUUUGGGAAAAAAGACAGAAUUAGUAGAGGCUGGCAAGUAACGGAAGAUAAAGGAAUAAAAGGUGGUGUGGACAGUGGGGCAGACAUAUGGAUACACUGGCAGUGAAUUGGAUCCUGAUCUAUAUUUAGAUCUGAUUAUCAAAAACUGUGAACAAUGAAGAGCUUAAUCUGUGUCAUUAUCCUGGUGCUGGCUGUGGCUGAUGCUCAGUGGUUCCAGAAUUCUGGAAGAUUUAUAAAGGAGGCAGCGCAAGGAUCGAUGGACAUGUGGAGAGCUUAUCAGAACAUGAGAGAAUCUAAUUAUAAAGGAGCAGAUAAAUAUUUUCAUGCACGAGGGAAUUAUGAUGCCGCACAAAGAGGACCUGGUGGGAGAUGGGCAUCAGAAGUUAUAAGUAACGGAAGGGAAUACUGGCAAGGCUCAGUCAGUGGCAGAGGGGCUGAAGACACCCGUGCAGACCAAGAAGCCAACAAUUGGGGACGCAAUGGAGGUGACCCGAACCGCUACAGACCUAAAGGACUACCUGAUCAAUAUUAAUAUAAAACUAAAUAAUCGGAUACAGAAUUCCAGGAGAACUCUAUAAAUAAGUCUCUACAUUUGCUUGAACAUCAUUUGAAUUAAAGGGACAGUAUACUAUAAAAUUGUUUUUCCCUUGUGUUUCCAAUUACUUUUUUUUACCAACUGCAGAGUAUAAAAUGUUUGAGAUUUUCUUUUUUAAGGCUUAUUUGUGUAUAUGAAUGAGCUGAUUUUGUAUUUUGAAGCCACAACCUAAUAAAAUGGUUUGAGCUUGUAGAUAUAA